AUGCGUCACACCACCUUCAAAUCGGCGGCCCUGUCGCUGGCCGUCGCCGGUAUGGCCUCGGCGCAGACCUGGUCUCUGUGCAACCCCGUCGAGGGCGACGACUGCAAGCCCAACCCUGCCUUCGGUGGCGCCGCCAAAUACGACUUCACCACGGCCACCAAGCUCGACGACCUCAACUCCUUCUUCACCGUCGACCCCGGUGUCGUCUACAACGACAAGCAGAUGUCCUUCGACGGCGGCGCUGGAGCCUCCAUGAUCAUCUUCGAGGAGAGCAACGCCCCGACCCUCACGUCCAAGGAGUACCUCUUCUUCGGCAAGGUCGAGUGUGUCCUCCGCGCCUCGCCCGGCCAGGGCAUCAUCACCAGCAUUGUCCUCCAGUCCGACGCUCUCGACGAGAUUGACUGGGAGUUCAUCGGUGGCGACCACACCCACGUCCAGACCAACUACUUCCACCUCGGCAAGAAGGACUACACCUACGGCCGCGAGCACGAGCUUCCCUUCAACGCCAUGGACGAGUUCCACGCCUACACCAUCGAGUGGACCCAUGACGCCAUCACCUUCUCCAUCGACGGCAACGUUGUCCGCACCGCUACGCCCGCCGAGGGUUCCUACCCCCAGACCCCCAUGCAGCUGAAGCUCGGAACCUGGGUUGGCGGCAAGGGUGGCAAGGAGCAGCAGGGCACCAUCGACUGGGCUGGCGGUCUCGCUCAGUGGGACCAGGCUCCGUUCGCCGCUCACUACCAGAAGGUCACCAUCCAGGACUACGCCGGCGGCAAGAAGGCGGCUCGCGAGUACGUCUACACCAAGGGUCAGGGUAGCUGGGAGAGCAUCAAGGUUGUUGGCGGCAAGGAGAGCGACGCCGGCAAGUUCAAGGACACCACCGAAGACCCCGUCAAGUCCGAGACCUCCUCCAUUCUCCCCUCGACCACUUCCAAGCUUCCCUCCUCUGCCGCUGCCUCCGCCUCCGCCUCUAUCAGCGCCGUCGUCUCCUCCAUUGAGGACGUUUUGAGCUCCAUCGUCAAGACCAGCACCAUCUCAUCGGCUCCCGUGAGCUCCUCGCUGCCCGCCAACACGACGACCAUCAGGACCACCAGCUCCGCCGCGACUACUCUCACUAGUGCCGAGGCCACCACCACCACUGGAGCGGCCGCUGCCCAGAGCUCCACCGCGUCUGUCGAUGAGAGCGCUGCCACUCACAUGCAGGCCAGCGCCCUUGUUCUGACCCUGGCCGCCGUUGCCGGUGUCUUCCUCUGGUAA